CCUGCACGUUCACUGACCUGCAGGACCCUGUCCUCCCUCACCCAGGCAGAGUCACCUCCUCCAGGUGGACAAGGACAGAGAAGACUGGGAGAGGCUGGCCAUGAGCCCCCGGCCCUCCACCCUCCUGGGCCUCGUGCUCUGCCUGGUCCAGACGAUCCUCAUGCAGCCGUGGCUCCUGCCCAAACCCUCCCUCAGGGCCGAGCCAGGCCUUGUGAUCCCCCGGGGAUGGCCUGUGACCCUCCUGUGCCAGGGCCCAGCUGGGGCUAAGUUCUUCCGACUGGAGAAGGAUGGAAGAGAUGCAUAUCAUGAUCAGAAAAGUGUGUCUCAAGAUGGUUUGCAGGGGACAGAAGCCAGAUUCCACAUCCCCUCAGUGAGUGAAGAUACCACUGGGAGUUAUUUCUGUCGCUAUAGCACAGGAUACAUUUGGCAAAACCCGCCUAUCUGGUCUAAGCGCAGUGAGCCCCUGGAGCUGCAGGUGACAGAGGAGGACGUCCCCACUCCACCCUCAGGCCCCGCUUCCCGGGAUUACACUGUGGAGAACAGCAUCAGCUUUGGCCUGGCGGGCGUGGUCUUGCUGAUCCUGGUGGCGAUUCUGGUGGAAGCUGGGCUCAGCCAGCGCAGGACCCCACAGGGACCAAAGGAAUAAACACAAGGGACCCCCCCCCAGAGAGAGGGGACCCCAGGGCCCCAGCAGGGAUCUCACUGAGAGCCCGAGGCUCACGCUGGAGCCCAAAGACCCAAAGCCACCCCCGCUGUUGUUCAAGGACAAGAGAACCCAGGCCCAACCCAGGGUUAGGAUGCUUGGCCUCAACCCCUCAUCUUCCCAGGACCACUGAGAGGAGUCAGCUUGAUUGACAGGCAGACAGACAGGGCAGUGCCCCACAGGAAACAAAGGCAGGUGGAACGGAGGCAGGGCAGACACGGCCACGCGAGCCAGCCUGACCACGGAAGCCAACCUCGCAGAAUAACAGGAUGAUUUAGACUCAGAGGGGAGACACGUGAAACUAGGGAGGGGCUGCAACACUAAGGUGAGAUGAGGCAUAGGAACCAGGAAGGGUCAGGUCUGCUUCUGGUCAAGAACAAUUGAGAGAAUCAAUCAGGUGUCCACAGGGGGAGAUAGAGAGCAGGUUUGUAGCAAAUAUGUACCCCUAGACCACAGGCUUCCGUGGCCACCAUGACUGAGUCCACUCCCCAUGCAGGGAGUCUGAAUCUGCUUGCAAUAAAGUUUCCCCACUUUUGCUUC